AUGAAUAUGUUGGAUGAUGAAGAUGACCAAAGCUUUCACGCUACUCGUGACGGCUACUCCCAUUUGAGCGAUGUCGAAUGGGAUGCGGUUGAGCGGAUGGGUUCGACCAUGGGCAUCCAUGCUGUUAGCGUCAUGAUAGAGGCUCUCAAUAGAGAUGCCCAACAUGCUACUAUCGCCAAGUUCAUUCAAAAUGAACUUGACGCAGAACGAGAGAAAGUAGACUUGCUUCACCAACAAGGCUCUCAACAGGCAGAGUUGUUGAGAGAACAGGGUGUUCAACAGUUUGAACUGUUGAGACAGCAGCAGGCUGCUGCUGGCGGGUCGAUGCACUCGCGUCGACCCGAAACCUUGAAGAUUGACAUCUCCAAGUAUAGGGGAGUCGAAGAGGACUCCCUCGUGAGAUGGUUCGUCGAAUUGGAUGACGCCAUAAGGGCGCGUCGCAUCGACGACGGGGAUAUGCAUGUUGCAUUUGCCCAAUCAAAUCUGGCAUGA